AUGUCCACAGCAGGCGCAGGCGCAUCCCUCGCUCCUCAUCUUCGCUCCCGAGCGACAGGAGGCUAUACGGCCCCCCGAAACCGUUUCCAGCCAGCGAAGCGAUCAUCCCGGACAGACCUAGACGGAGAGGAUUUUAUCGACUUUUUGCAUCGCCUGACUCGAUAUGCUGCUGCGCCCAUAACCAUCCCGCUGAAUCUGAUCAAGAAAGCCAUCACAUCGCCGCUGACCAUCUCGCUUGUCCUCAAGCUGGCGCUACUAGGCUUCCUCGUCCUCGGCUCAGCAGUAUUCUCGGUACUGGCCGUAGGCGCAUUCUGGUGGUCGUGGGGUACAGGAGGAACUGUUGAGGCUGAAGGGUGGCUUACAUAUGGUUCAAAGAUCCAUCGAACGCCUCAUGCGCUUGUGCCGCUUAUCGCUUCGAACUUCCAGGAGGACCUGCGGUAUGACGUUGACGUGGAGAUGGAGCUUGUGCGACCACACAAGGCCAGCGAAGAGAUAGGCAACUUCAUGCUCUCCCUUGAACUCCGUUCUCAGCGCAAUCCCGAGAUCGUCCUCAUAUCCGCUGCUCAACCAUCCCUUCCACCACCUCCCCUUCUUACCUCCUUCUUCCCGGCCAACCCCAUCCCUUGUCUCAUUCCUUACCCCUUCCGGUUCGCCUGCCCCUCGCGGCUCCUGGGCCGCGUCUCCUCCGGCCGCAUCUCGUCUCGCCGGCGCAACAGGAAGAGCUCUACUCAUCCCUCUUCACACCAGUUCCGGGCGGGCGAUAUCGUGUUGUUGAGUAAACAGUUGAUGGAGGGGGUGGUACUGGUUCCAGCGACGGGAGGGAAUGGAGUAAUAGGAAGUGCAUUCGUCAGCAUCGGUCGGGAAGACACAUUCACCGAUUCCUCCGAGAAAUGCGUGACCUCCCCGCGGGAAGUCCGAACGACCGGCUGGGUCUCGCUACGCUUCACCCCUCGCCCAACCGGGAUCCGAUGGCUCCUUUCUUCCCACCCCCUCCCUCCACUUCUCCUCCUCCCUCCUAUUUCUUUAACGCUCACCCUCUCAUCCUCCCUCAUCGCAUUCAUGAUCAUCUCCUAUGUUUCCAAGUCGCCCAAAGGCUCGGCCAAGAGGCUGGAGGGUGAGACGGAGAAGACCACAGAGGAGAAGUUAUUGGAUGAGCGGAGGGCGUCAGCUGCGCGGGAUAGGGAGGAUAGGGAGGAAGAGGAGAGAUUGAGGGCAGAGUGGGAGGAGGUGCAGGAACGUUCGAGUGGUGGGCUUAGGAGGAUCCCGGAGGAGAGAAAAAGGAGUCGUGUGGGCGAGAGCACGGUGGGAGGGUCGGAGACGACCGUGUCCCAGGGCAGUAUGCCGUCCUUUACGUUCCCUGAAUCGAGCGAUGAUGGUAUCUCAUCAACUGCGGAGACCGAGACUGAGACGGAGACGGAGACGGAGAGGGAGGCGACCCACUGGCGGAACUUGAGUACCAGCGAUGUCAGCGAGGGGUGGGAAGAGGCGAGGUGA